AUAAUAAAGUAGGUUCUAGUGCUAACGCGUAGAAUCGCAGUGAAAUAAAGUUAACAAAGCAACAGAGUUUGACAAAUGCUUCCGUUCGAUGUAUCGCGCGGUCAAGUUCAGUCGCGUUCUCUAACUGAAACUGAUUUCAUCUCGUGUUUCACAAGCGUGUAAAAUUGUAAACGUACAAAAAGUCACAAGUACUAUUUUUACAGAGAUAUUUGUUAUCGAAAUAUUUGUUCGUACUGCGAAAAAAAAAAAAAAUGCCGUCCAAAUGGAAUGAGAGACUAGUGAUCAGCUUUUUGAAAGCGUACAAGCAAUAUCCAUGCCUCUGGAAUCCUUAUCACAGGCAUUAUUAUAACUGUUACGAGAAGAACAAGGCAUUGCAAAGAAUUAUUGACGAUCUUGAUAUAAGUUGGAACAAAUACGAACGAUUCAAAGUCUACAGUCUUACAAACAAUAUAAAUCGCCAUUUUCCUGGUAUAACAUUGUGGCAGAUAUGUUGGCGAAGGUAAUCGACGAUGAAGAAAGGGAAAACGAUCAUCGGCUCCGUGAACCGAUUUCCGUUCGUAGAUCCUUGAGCAGUGACUGUAUCAAGGAUUCACAGGGAGGGAAAAGAGGGAGAUCAGACGCAAAAUUUCUGAAAGCUCAUCCGUGCAACAACGUUACCUCUGAUCAGGUGACUUCGAGGAGGAGCAAAUCGGUGGACAAGCCAUCUCAUUGCGAUGAGAAACAUAAUUCAUCGAAGAGAACGAUAAUAAAAGAGAAGAGUGAGAGAAGAGUAAGACACGUUCCUUGUCCAUCCUAUAGACCAAAGAAGGAUUGUGAAGAAGAUGAACUUUUGAGUUGUAGACCCACCAGAGAUGUCGAACCUGAGGAGAUAGAAGAAUAUUAUCCGGCUGUUCCAAGCAACUCGGUGGAUUCUAUACUUGAUACUGAUCUCCCUUUAACAAGAGAAAAUGGUAAAAAUUAUAGUAGAUUUUUGAAGUGUCCAGCGUGUGGCUGGGAAGAUGUAAAACACAAGGAUACUGAUGAAAAAAACGAAAGGAGAAGUUAUGUUCCUUGUUCUGAAUACAAUAAAGAUCUUCCUGGCGAAUAUAGCGCAUGUGUCGGAUGUGACAAAAUUGCACAUGAUGAUCUACAUUAUCAAUCAGUAGUGAAUACUGAUUUAUCUGAAUACUUGAAGAAGUACGAUUCUAGGAAUUUCAAACUUUUAGAGUGGUUAUCGAAACAUCCAUCAGCCGUAUCUUUAAUAAAACCUCCUGCUGAUUCACCAAUUUUGUCGCCCGUGGAAUCUGUUAAAACUACAGAGAAACAUGCAGAUGCAGAGGUACAACAUAGUGAAGAUCUAAAAGAGCCUUCAAAAGUUGAUGUUCUAAUAUCACCAUCGAUUCAAACGCAAGUUGUACAAAUCGACCCUGCGGCAACGCAUAAAUUACAAUUUAGUACCAUAAAAGCUCAACUCGAGUUAAUUUUAUCGGGAUCGAUCGAACGUUCAAGACUAAAUGAAUUCGCAGAAAGUGUUACUCGAGUUACAAAAUCAGUACAGAGCGCAGAAUCACCCGCAAAACAAACGCGAUUUUCUUUCGAGAGUGAAAAACAUGAAAUAGGCGUCAACACAGUGGAUGCUUUUGACAAAGCAUUGGACAAUACAGUUUGCGUGUCGGGUGAAAUGAAGAAAUGCGUUUCGAUUCAAACUUUAGACGAGAAAGAAGAGGAACGAAACAAAUAUUACAAGGAUGACACGAUGAAAGAAGUAGCAAUAAAUGUGGUAGAUCAAACUUCAAAAGGAAUGCAGAGUGCCAUUUGUGUAUCACGUGGAAAUUCAGCCUGUCGUAUGGCUUCAGAAAAGAAGUUAGAACUUGGCACUACCACGUCCGUGCAUCAAGUACGUAGCGUUUCAUGCAUGACGUCGGAGAAUGCUAAAGAAUUCAAAUCGAAUUUCGUACAGUGCGUCUCUAAAGAAAAACUUAAAGCUUUGACUCGAUCUGAAUCUCACGACUCUGUGAAACAUUGCAUUCGAGAUGUAAAAUCGAAACAUCUUGUCGAGAAAAGAACUCAAGAAUUUGAGGAUCCAUGCACAACGGAUACAUGUCCUUGGAAUAUACUACAUCUCAGUAAAAAUCCUAUUGUAGCUCCAGUUUUACAACAACUACUGCAAAAUAUAUUAUCUAUGCACGAGCAGAGAACGCAAGAGUAUAAAUGUCGCCUAAAAGAAAAUUGUUUGAUCGACGGGAGCAAAAUGGUGAUAGCAAUUAAAGAAUAUAUAAAGAUGCUAGAAUCAAGUAUUAUCAGGGACGAUUUGUCAGAAUUUUCUGGUAAAUUUGAUAAGAAAUCAUCUUUAGAAGAAGUUCGAAGGGAACCAAGUUUGAGAGAAACUGGCACGUGUAUCACCCGCGAUGAUAAAUCUACCGUGACUGAAGAGAAUAUCUUUGUGGUAUUGCCAUCCGUAUUCACGAAAAGCGAUGAAGGACGGAAAGCCGUAGAAGACAAUAUGUUAAUAUUAGAAAAAACCAAGAGGAAACAUUCGAUGUUGGAUAAGAAAGUUUGUACUCAUUUGAAUUGUAAAGAUGUUGGUAUUAGUAGAUCGUUAGUACAGCUGUCUAGUCGCGACAUGGAAGUUCAGAGUGAUACUCGAUCGUUCAAGGAUUCCGUAUGUGUCGCAAAGUACGAAGAUACGACAAAAAAAGUAAGCGUCGGCACUCAGAAACGAGAUCCCAUACUGGUUCGAGUGAUCAAAUGCAAUGAGAGUCAGCCGAUAGUAAGGUCGGAUAAAGGAACAUUAACUCUGAGAACGGACAUGAAUUUUGCCAAAAGAUAUACAAGUAAACGUGUAGAGACAUGUGGCCGAUCAACUUGCAUUCCGUCUACUGUUUGUCGAAUGUCGAACGAAGCUAAUUUAAAAUCUGCUUUUCGUAAGGAGCGCGACAAUGAAAUAAUCGAAGACUACGACAUAUGCGAUAUAAAUUGUAAAGGGAAAAUGUCGUACGAUUGGACUGACGUGACAAACGUCGAUAUACUUUCAAAUAUGACAAACUCAAGAAUUCCAGUGUGCAUGAAGUCGCCACGAAAAUACACAUACGCGAGAAGCAAAUGAUUAAUUAAUGUUACACAUACGUACGUGUUAAGAUUACAAUUGAGAAUGACGUUUAAAAUUUUUAUUUGUCGAACCUUGUGAU